AUGGCGUCCGACUCCUUCGUCAUCAAGGCGCCCUGCUCCUCCGCCAACAUCGGCCCGGGCUUCGACGUCAUCGGCCUGGCCCUGUCCAUGUUCCUGGAGCUGCACGUCACCAUCGACCGCUCCCAGCCCAAGUCGGAGCACCCGCUCAACUGCCGCAUCACCUACGAGGGGGACGGCGCCGAGUCGGGCGAGGUGCCCCUGGACCCGGACGCCAACCUCAUCACCCGCGUCGCCCUCUACGUGCUGAGGUGCCACGGCCAGCGGAGCUUCCCCGUCGAGACGCACGUGCACAUCAAGAACCCCAUCCCCCUCGGCCGGGGCCUGGGGUCCUCCGGCGCCGCGGUCGUCGCCGGCGUCAUCCUGGGCAAGGAGGCGGGGCAGCUCGACCUCGACAACGACCGCAUCCUUGAUUUCUGCCUCAUGAUCGAGCGCCAUCCCGACAACGUGGGCGCGGCGCUGUUUGGCGGCUUCAUCGGCACCUACCUGAUGCCCCUGGCCCCCGAGGACCUGGCGCGGAAAGAGAUCCCGCUCAGCGAGGUGCUCCCGGCGCCGGCCGGCGGGGUCGACACGGGCGUCGACCCGCCGUCGCCUCCCCACGGCAUCGGCCACCACAUCAAGUUCCCGUGGGCGCCCGAGAUCAAGGCCGUUGCCAUCAUCCCCGAUUUCGAAGUCUCUACGGCCAAGGCCCGCCAGGUCCUGCCGGCCGAGUAUGCCCGCGCCGACGUGACCUUCAACCUGCAGCGGAUAGCCCUGCUCCCCGUCGCCCUGGGCCAAUCACCGCCGGACCCCAACCUGAUCUACCUGGCCAUGCAGGACAAGCUGCACCAGCCCUACAGGCAGACGCUCAUCCCGGGGCUCACCGACAUCGUCAAGUCGAUCACGCCGAGCACGCAACCGGGCCUGCUCGGCGUGUGCCUGUCCGGCGCCGGGCCCACCAUCCUGGCGCUGGCGACGAGCAACUUUGAGGAGAUUGCGCAGCGCAUCAUGGACCGGUUCAAGCAGCAGGACAUCACCUGCCGGUGGCAGCUGUUGGAGCCGGCAGAUGGGGCACAGGUCAUUAGAACAUAG